ACAACGAAUCGUGUGAAGCAAGAGACAAGAGACGGGAGAGAAUUUCACGACAACACGCAGCUAAUUGUUAACUAAAAAUUAUUUAUCUGUUGCAAUAUGUCGUAAUUAUUCUUAUCGUCAUCCUGAUAACCCAGUAACCGUGACCUACUCGACUCGGUAACCCCGACUAGUCGACGUCUUGUCAAAAUUGUGUCAUAAUUAUCUUAAUAUAGGUUACCAACCACCACCUUCUUUUGACUGGACAUUGUACUAUGCGACAUGACUCGAAAGAAGACAAAAAGUAAAGCUGGCGGCGACACUGCGGCGUCCUCCUCUUCUCCUUCUUCCGGUUCUGGUCCUACGAGCAGUGUCGCGACUUCGUCAUCUUCCGGUUCUUCAGACGAUACAGAGCAUCACCCAGAAGAUGAAUACAUUGUCCCACAAAUUGUUAAAGUCGUCUCUCUUGCGGAUCAUCAAAAUUGCUACAACAAUCAGAAUCUAUACUCCAAUGGGGGUAGUAGCAGCAGUAGCAGAGGCGGCGGUGUCACCUCCACCAACAACAUACUUCUGGUCGACCACCCAGACAGUGGAGACCCGACCCAUCCACCCCCUUCAUUUCUUGACAAUUGUGCUCCCGAACCAGAGAACAUUCUUGGCCUCUCGUACCACGGUGAUCCCGACGGUGAUGAUGACGAUGACGAUUUAAAUGACGAGUUUAGCCACAAAUUCGCUUCCUUCACCUUAUCCACACCAUGCGCUUCUUCCUCUUCUUCGGGGUUAGCUGCCUCCUCCGUAUCGGAUGAAAGGGUCGACUUCUUUUCUACAGUGACAGCCACGGCGCCAGGAAGAUACCAACCAUUUACGAUUACGACGCAUAGCAGCUCGAUUGGGUCACCAUCAAAUACAAUUUCGACGUCGUCGUCACCCCUAAGAAGACCUUCCAAUCCAGUUCCUCCUCCAAAAAUUACGUCUACCUCUCGCAUCGGUGGGGCCCGUCCUGGCGACGAUUUCGACUGUGACGUCGACGACUGGGAAAAUUGCUGCGGAACGGUCCCUUGUAUCACGAUCUGGGAAGAGUUGCGCUUCUGCGAGGGACACGACUGCAACAGUCCUGCCAACCGAAAAUGCGCCCAGUGUAAAAAUGUAUUCUAUUGCAGUCCCGAACAUCACAGACUAGAUUGGAAAAGGCAUCGAGUUAAUUGCACGCCGUUCAGAAUUCAAUUCGUCGGAAUGGGUGCGGCGGACGAGAUGCCUGUCUCUGCUGCGGUCGCGUGUCGAAAUAUAGCAGCGGGUCAGGUGAUAUUUAACGAGAAGCCAAUGCUAGUCUUCCCACUUGCUGACUCUCAAACCGAGAACCAACUCCGCUCCCCCCUCGACCUUCCUUGUAUUCAGGCCCGAAUUCGUGGAAAAGCGUCGGAACGCCAGUCCUUCUGCGAUGCUAGUUUCCCUGCUUGUCUUGGUUGUGUUAAAAUUGGGAAUGAGUUAGAUAAUGGCGACGCGUCGACACCACAUGGUUGCUCAUGUUCAAAUUGUGGUCUUCCCUUAUGCAGCUAUAAUUGUCAGUUACUCAUUGCACAUCAAGUGGGCGAAUGUGAUGCGAUCGCUUCAGCAAAGUUGGAGCCCACGGAAUCGACCUGGUUCCAUUGUGCCCACGCAUUCUACAUGGAUAUCGAAAUAAUGCGUGCUCUCCAAUUGGAGAAAUAUGACCGACCAGGAUGGGAACUCUUGCUCGAACAAAGGACCUACGUUCGUGUCGAACAUUACAAAAAUACGCCCUCUUAUCACUUGUUUGCGUCAAAUAUGGAAACCCUAGUCCCAUUUUCUGUCAAGAUUUCCGGCUACAACUAUGAUCUCAUUGGUGACGUCCAUGCCAUAAUUAAUUCACUGUCAUACAGACCUAAUCUUAACUGCACAUACAAACUAUUGUUCUCUACGCAAUCCCAAUUUGCUCACGAUUGUGUUCCCAACACUCUGCAAUAUGUGGAGGAAGAAUAUGGCGGAGAUGGAAAAAGGAUGCGACUCGUGACAAAGGCUGCCAUACCGAUUAUGAAGGGAGAAGUUAUAACGUUGGAUUUUACACCGUCGCCAUAUCUCUCUUACCAGAGACGCCGCCAAGUCUUGGACGACGUGCUCAACAUAUCCAGUUGCAUGUGUCAACGAUGUCAACAUCCUUCCGUUAUGAACGACCUCACAACUGAGAUUAAAUGCUACAGUUGUCGAAUGGGAACUGUUUGUUCAGAAAAUUAUCCCCUUUGGAAGGAAUCCGUCUGGUCGUGUCGUAUUUGCCAGGAGGAAAUUUCCUUCUAUCGAAUUCAAGAAAUCGAACGUGACUGCGCUUCAGAGCUCUCUUUACUUGUUACUUCAGCUAGUAAUACUGGGUCAGUUCGUGAAGUGCAAGAUUGGAUUAGACGGAAAGGACAACUCGAUCUUAAUCCGAAACAUCACCUCAUCUUCACAGCAUGGUGCUACUGCGAGUCCCUGAUCCGAUCCCGCAUUUCUCGCAUCCGUAACCCAGAUCCUGCUCAUGUUUACACUGCUGAAGAAAUGGAGCAUUUUGACACCCUUGGGAAAUACUCUGACCUCAUUUUAGAACACCUGGAUUCAAUCCGACCAGGAAUUUGGAUAGAUAAAGGAAUCGCCCAAUUCCACAAAUUCUACUCAAGUUUCGCCCUCACGUCACGUCACUACCAGAAUGGAACAAUGUCGAAAUUCGAAUUCGUCAAGAAUGUCAUGAAAGCAUUGAAGAUAUUGCAACAAGCGUUACAAACGCUAAGCGUGUACGAGGGAUACAAUUCACCCUCCGUUCUCCGCCUGACGCAUGAAGUUACUUCCGUUCUGUCCUCGUUAAAAGAAUACAUGGCUCAUUUCCUGCAAUUGAGCGAGUCUGAGACGUACCCGUUACCUUCGUUAGAGAAAGUGCUGAACAGCAGGUCUCACGUUUAGAAUGGUUGAGCACAGAAAAUUGAAGAUUUACUACUUAUAUGAGAUUUGGCAUUCUUCCUGCAUUCGUAUGAAGUUUAAAAUUUUAAUUUUUAAAUAUUUAGAGUAAUCUCAUCUCUUGAAGAGAAGGUUUUUUGAAGAAUUCUAAUCCAAUCAGCCAAAUUAUAACUACAACAAAUAACUUAUCAAUGCAUUACUUAUGAAUUUAAUUGUUAAUUAUUAUGAGAUUUCUUGGUCUUGAUAAUAUAGCAAUUGUUAGAUUAGUUUAGUAAGGUAAUUAGUUUGUUUAAUUAUUACACUUCUUGGCACUCGUCUUCUAUUUUCCCGUCCCUGUUCCCACCCACUAUACUGCAACAACGAUUACUCUUAUAAAGCUUAUUUAUCUCGACUGACCACCACCACGUAAUUUAUAUAUGUACUAACUUUUGAAUCUAUGUAUGUACUUAUCUAUAUUGUGAAAUGGGGGUGAGACAUAAUGCAAUUAAAAACAAAUUGACCCAUUCUAAUAAUAUUUCUCUUCAUGAAUAAAUUCAUUCGCUCAUAGAAUUUUAUCUAAUAA